UUGGGGAAAAUCUCGCAACAAAAAAUCAAACAAACUAGCAAGGACGAAGGGGCAAACUAGUCACCGUCAAAGAUGUUCGGCGGUGGCAGUAGGAUUCACUGUUUGUUGUUGUAUACUGUUCGGAGUUCUCUCUUCUCUUCUUCACCUUUAUCCGCAAUAAGGGUUGCUUUCUCAACCCAUUAUCGUCUUCCAACACAACCACCAUACCUGCAGGAACCUAACUCAUUUCCUUUUUCUUCUUCGUUUCAUCAUCGUGAUUGGGUUUCUUUUCCUUCAAAACCCACCUCCGUUUUUGCUUCUUCCUCAAAUUUUCGGUAUUUAAGCACCAGUUCGUCUGCAAAUAAAAACCAACGUCUCUAUGAAGUGGAUGGAGAGGUAGAACCCAUUGAUUCGUGGGAGGAAGAGGAUGAAGCUGAACCCGAGAUUGGUGAUGGAGGGGAUGGAGGUGGGGUUGUGCUGCAAAAUUGCCCUUGGGGCGAACAUGCUCUUUCCAUAGCCCAUGAGGUCCUGCUGCAGUUUGGUGAUGACAUGAAGCUGUAUUCUUUCAAAACUACUCCUCGAGGAUAUAUUUAUGUGAGACUAGACAAACUGCCAAACAAAUAUGGGUGCCCCAGCAUGGAAGAGAUUGAAGAUUACAGCCGCCAAUACAAGAAAAGGUUAGAGGAAUUAGGUGCCGCGGGAGAAAUACCUGAUGAUUUGGCUCUUGAAGUUUCUUCUCCAGGUGCAGAGCGGCUGCUAAAAGUACCAGAUGACUUGGAUCGGUUUAAAGACAUGCCUAUGUGGGUAAGUUACGUAGAAGAUUUACAAAAUAGAUGUCAAGAAAAGAAUAGUGUCUUUUUCCUGGAUUCAGUUGAAACAGAAUCAGGCAGCUGUGUGUGGAGGCUGGCAGACGUAAAGGAAAAUAGAGGCCCUUCUUCAAAAGGAAGACCAUUAAGCCGGAAACUGAGAGAUUGGAGAUUAAAGCUGCCAUAUGCAAUGUUUAAAAAAGUAACUCUGUACCUUGAUUAGUUGCAAUGUAUGAUGCAAAAUGGUCAUGCAGAACCUUAAAGGUACGGAGUAUUUAAGUGAAAUUUUGGGUAUGAAUGAUUAUUUAAGUGACAUUUUGAUCUGGUUUCAAAGAGAUAACUUCUGCAUCCUACUUCGAUUGUGAAAUAGCUUUACUUCUGGUCUGUACAGACUGGUUUGUUUUUAGGUCAUCAAUGGUGUAAAAUUUUGUUUCUUCUUCAA